AUGUCUUUAUUACUAACUCAAGUGUUAAGCCCGCAGACAAUAAUAUUUGUUGUAGUAACAAUUAUUUACACAAUUCUGUGGUUCCGAUAUAAAUUCACUUAUUGGUCGAAAAGGGGUGUCGUCGGUCCCAAACCGGAGUUUAUUUUCGGAAAUAUUAAAAAAGUGAUUAAAAGGGAGGAGCAGUUUUUCCAGCCGUACUAUGAUAACUACUUUAAAUAUAAACACUUGCCGUAUAUAGGCAUGUACUCUUUCCAUCAACCUGUGUUGUCUAUACACGAUCCAGAUAUAGCCAAGCUGAUGUUGAUAAAGGAUUUUGAUAGUUUCCAAUCGCGUGGUACGUAUGCAGGUGGGGUUGGAGACCCAUUAGCGGCGAACUUGUUCAAUAUCUUUGGGAAAAGAUGGAAAACCUUAAGGUUGAAGAUGACGCCAACCUUCACGCCUGGUAAACUGAAGACAAUGUACCCGAUCGUUGAGGAUAUAGCCAAACAGGCUUUGGACUAUGUAGAUGUGUUACACUCUAAUGAAGAGACGGUCAAUUUCACUGAUUUCUAUUCGAAGUACGCGAUGGAGAUUAUCGGGAACGUUGGUUUUGGUGUGGAAUGCAAUGGUUUUGUAAAUCCUAAGUCCGAGUUUUAUAUAAGAGGACAUGAAUACUUUGAUCAUCAGUCGCACUACUGGAGACUAAUUCGCGCGUUUGCAUUUUUCGCGCCAGACACGUUUGACAGUUUGAAGAUCAGACGGAUCAGUUCGAAAAUUGAGAAUUUCUUCUGUGGCAUUGUCAAGAGGACAGUGGAGUACCGGCAGAAGCAUUCUGUUACACGAAACGAUUUCUUACAAACACUUAUUGAAUUAAAAAAUGGCCAUGUUGUUGAUGAACAAGGAGAAGUAAAAUAUUCGAAAACAGACUUCCCAUUCACAAUGACUGAUGUAGCAGCCAAUACCAUGCUGUACAUGAUCGCUGGUUACGAGACAUCAGCCACUACUGGCCAGUUUGCAGCAUACCAGCUGGCUCUGAACCCUCACAUUCAGGCCAGGGUGAGGAAAGAGGUGGACACGGUACUCGCCAAGUACGGAGGCGAGUGCACAUACGAAGCUCAAAACGAAAUGGUGUAUUUGAACAUGGUUUUGGAUGAAACGAUGCGGAUGCACCCAUCAAUGCGUGCCCUAUUUAGGAGAUGCAACAAAGACUAUAAACUGCCAAACAGUGACCUGGUUAUAGAAAAAGGCACGAUGGUGUUUAUACCGAUUCAUGCGAUACAUAUGGACCCAGAAAUCUUCCCCGAGCCAGAGAAAUUCGAUCCAGAAAGAUUUUCACCAGAAAACAAAGCCAAGUUACAUCCCUGCCAUUGGAUGCCAUUUGGAGAAGGACCAAAGAAAUGUUUAGGAAUAAGACAAGGAUACAUACAGUCAAAGAUGGCUUUGAUAAAAGUGCUGCACAAGUACGAACUCAUAUUGGAUAAGAGAACAGAGGUACCAAUGAAGAUAAAGAACUCUUCUCUUGUGUAUGCAGCUCAAGGCGGAGUCUGGCUGAAGCUCAGGAGUUUGGAGUCAUAA